UGCGGGGAUGACGGAGCCGGAAGUGGGUCGGGGAGGAUGUAGCGGCGCUGACGGCGGCUGCCGCGCCGCGAUCUCCCCGCCCCCGCAGCCGGCCGGCCCCGCCAUGGAGGUUCAAGAUGCUGGGCAAGAGAUGAUGGCAUCUUCUGUCACACCAGGAACAGGCAAAUCAAAGCUGGACACAUUGCCCAAGGAAGAUCUCAUCAAGUUUGCAAAAAAGCAAGUGAUGCUUAUACAGAAAGUGAAGUCAAGAUGUACAGACCUAGAGAAAGAGAUUGAAGAACUCAAAUCUAAAGCAGCUGCUGGAGGAGCUGAUGAUAUUAUUCAGGCUCUCACAGAGAGACUGGAUGUCGUGCUUCUGGAAAAAGCUGAAAGUCAGCAGCAGUGCAUAGUUCUGAAGAAAGAAAACAUUCAAAGAAAGCAAGAAGCAGAGGCUGCAGUGGCUAAGACAGAAGAAUUGCAGAAGCAACUGGAGCAAUCAGCCAUUGACUCUCUGAAAGAAAUAAAAGCUCUGAAGAGUGAAUUAGCAAAUGCACAAUGCAAACACAAUGAGGACUUAACAAAGCUGAAAACAGAAUUAGAGGAGCAAGUGAAGAAACAAAUGGAGCUGCUGGAACAGAUUGAAUGUCAUAAUGAUAGUCAAAAAGAAGUUAAAAGAUUACAGGAUGAUGUCCAAAGACUUAAAUCUACUUAUGAGGAGCAAAUUUUGUGUCUGAGCAAGCAGUUGGAAACUGUGAAUGAAGACAAAAGCAGAGAAGUGACAAAUCUGCAAGAAACUAUUAAAAGCAACUCCCAGUCUUACCAUAAUGAAAUAAAAAUUCUGAAUGAAGAGCUUAAAAAUUUAAAAAUUUCCUAUCAGGAGGAGGUGUCAGAGUUGAUGCGUCGGAUUGAAAUAUCAUCUAAAGAAAAUGAAGAAAAGCAAAAUCAGAUAAACCAGUUGCAACACAAUUUGGCAGAGGAGAGCUCAAGGAAAGAGAAAGAUGGGAAGGAUGAAAUGUGUGCUGAUAGUGACCAGCGUGAAUAUGACUUGGAGCAGCUGAGAGAAGUCUUGAAUAAAAAUGUAGAAAACAAGAUGGAUUUUGUAGAUAUUCAAGAAGAACCUUGUAUAGAAGCAAAAAUGGAAGAAAAGAUUAGGCAUCUGGAGCGCAGUUUAGAAGAGCUCCAGUCCCAACAUAGUAUAUUAAAAGAUGAGUUAACUUACAUGAGUAAUGUUAAACUAAAACUGGAAGAGGAAAUCCAUCGCAUGAAGGAUGAGUACUUUCAUGAGCGGGAAGACUUGGACUUCAAAAUAAAUGAAUUGCAGCUUACUAAAGAAGAUUACUGUUGUGUAAUUGAAAAACUAAAAUUGGAGCUUCAAGCAGCAAGACAACACUAUGAAACAGCUACAAAAGCGCAUAAGUUAGAGACUCAAAUUCUGAAAGAGCAACAUGAGAAAGAAAUUUCAGAACUAAAUGAAACUUUAUUAUCUGAUUCUGAAAAAGAAAAGAUGGCAUUAGUUUUUGAAAUUCAGGAUCUUAGAGAGCAAGUUGAAAAGCUAACUCAGGAGAAAGAAGAAGCAGUGUCCAAUUACAACAGCCUGAGAGAAACAAUGGAAACUCUACAGACCGAACUAGGGGAAUCUGCUGGAAAGAUCAGCCAGGAGUUGGAAUCAAUGAAACAACAGCAAGCUUCUGAUGUCAGUGAACUGCAACAGAAACUCCGAGCUGCUUUCAAUGAAAAAGAUAUUCUUCUUGAAACUGUGAAUCGCCUCCAGAAAGAAAAGGAAGAAUUGUCAUCUAAUCAGCUAGAGGUAGAAGAACUUAAAUGUAAAAUUGUAAAUCUUCAGGAGGAGAAUAAUGCAAUAACAAGCUCCAUUGGCCAAAAAGAGACUAUUAGGAAGGAACUGGAAGAGAAUAUCAUUGCUCUUACUGAUCAAAACAAGGAUAUUUUAAAUGAAUUAAAAUGCUUGGGUGAAGAGAGAGAAACCCUUCUGGAAAGAUGCUCACAAGAGCAAGAAAAAGUUCAGGAACUUCAGCAAGAAGUAAAUGUUGCUAACCAGUACAAUAGCGAUCUGAAGAAAAAGGUGGAGGAAUUAACAGAGAGACUGAACGAAGCUUUAACUAGGAAGAGUGAAAAUGCUGAAACACUAGAGCAACUGGAAAACCAGGUUGAAUCUCUGGUGCGUGAAAGAGAGAAGCUUUCAUCUGAAGCAUAUACUCUUCGUGAGGAAAAUAAGAAAAUCAUUCAGGAAAAAGGUGAAUUGAGUGAAGAGCUAGAAAAGACAAGAUCUGAAAAAGAUGGUUGGCUUGUCUUGAAAGAGCAGUCUGAAAACUUAGAAAAGAAACUACAAAUUAUGACUGGGGAAAAAGACCAUAUAUCAGCAUUACUUGAAAGUGAACAAGCACACGGAUCCCUUGUAAGAACUCAGCUGUACCACUUACUUGAGCAAAUGGGGUCCAGCGUUUCAGAUUCUAAGGAGGAAGAUGAUUCUCUUCACUUGCUACAAAUUGUAAAUGAAUGCUUGGCAAAAAUGAAAGAAGAGCAGUGUCUUGCUCUACAGAACAAGGAGGAAGUUCUUCAUUUGCAGAAGGAAGUUGAAAGACUAGAGGAAGAAAAUGCAUCCCAGUAUACAGAACAUAGAUCCCUGAUUCAGGAUUUUGAAAAAGAAAGAGGUCUCUUGAGAGAAGAAUUGGAAGGAGUGUUGUCUGAAAAAGAAGCACUGAAGCAGGAUAUCCAGGAGCUGAAGAAUGCCAAUGAAAAAACAAGGAUUGAAAAUCAAGAUCUUUUGUCCAAUAUUGAAGAGGUCACUCAAAAGUUGGCUUUUUAUGAAACCCAAAUACAAGAACAGCAAAAAGGAUCAGAAAAACAAGACGACUUAAAUCUCAUUCUGGAACAAAAGGAAACUGAACUUAGAAAUGUGAAAGACGAACUGAGUUCUCUAAAGAAUUUAAUGGAGACAUUGACUGAGAAAACUGAUCAACAGUCUUCAGUAGCAGAGCUUCAAGAAAAAAUUGGAAGGCUGGAAAAAGAAUCUGCAGAAAAAGGAGAGAAGCUAAAUAAAAUUAAGGUUGUUGCUGUGAAAGCAAAGAAAGAAUUAGAUGCCAGCCGAAAAGAGGUACAGACACUGAGGGAAGAAUUGGAGUUGGUUCGAUCAGAAAAAGAUCAAUUGGCUGCUUCAAUGAAAGAUGUCAUUCAGGGAGCUGAAAGCUACAAGAAUCUUUUGAUGGAAUAUGAUAAGCAAGGAGAACAGCUGGAUUCUGAAAAAGAAAGAGUAAAUAAUCUUGAACGUCAGAUAGACGACCUCACAAGGCAGCUACAGGUGUCAUCCCAGCAGCAUGAUCAGUUACGCUCUGCUAAUGAAGACCUCCUGGCUCGUAUUGAAACGCUGCAACAUAAUGCUAAGCUGCUGGAGGCUCAGAUACUGGAGAUACAAAGAGUCAAGGCAAAGGCUGACAAAGAACUAGAAGCUGAAAAGCUUCUAAAAGAACAGAAAACAAAGGAACAUAGUGGUGCUCUCCGAGAAAUGGAGGAGCUUCAGAUGCAACUUCAGAAGGAAAAGAAACAUCUGCAGAAAACUAUGCAAGAACUAGAGCUAGCCAGAAAGGAUGCUCAGAAGAGUACACUGAUGGAUAUGGAAAUAGCUGAUUAUGAAAGGCUAGUAAAAGAGCUUAAUCAGAAGAUUACUGAUAAAGACACCAGAAUAGAAGAUCUUGAGCAAGAGACGGGGAUUCAGAAACAGAAGCAAGAGACCCUGCAGGAAGAAAUAAAGUCACUUCAGUCAACUAUGCAACAGGAUGAGGAAAGAAACGCCAAGAUAAAACAACUCCUGGUGAAAACCAAAAAAGAACUGGCUGAUUCAAAACAAGCUGAAAAUGACCAUCUGAUGUUGCAGGCAUCAUUAAAAGGUGAACUGGAAGCCAGUCAGCAACAAGUGGAAGCUUAUAAGAUUCAAGUGGCUGUACUAACAUCAGAAAAGCAUAAAGUUCAGGAGCACCUGCGGACUUCUUCAGAGCAACACCAGCGAACGUUGAGUGCUUACCAGCAAAAAAUUGCAACCUUGCAAGAAGAGUGCAGAGCAGCCCAGGCUGAACAAGCAUCUGUUACAUCUGAAUUUGAGAGCUACAAAGUCCGUGUUCAUAAUGUCCUAAAACAGCAAAAGAAUAAAUCUGCUUCUCAGACAGAAUCUGAGGGAGCCAAGCAAGAAAGAGAACAGUUGGAAAUGGUGAUAGAGCAACUUAAAGUUAAGCUGCAAGAUGCUCAACAUAAUUCACAGAUGAAUGCAUCUGAGCUCCAGGCAUUGCAGUCUGACCAUGACACACUGCUGGAAAGACACAAUAAGAUGCUGCAAGAGACUGUUGCAAAAGAGGCAGAACUCCGUGAAAAGCUCUGCACAAUACAGUCUGAGAACAUGGUCAUGAAAACAGAGCAUGCCCAGACAUUGAGUCAGCUGACAGCCCAGAACGAAGCUCUCCGGAACAAUUUCAGAGAUCAAGUCAGGAACCUGCAAGAAGAGCACAGGAAGACAGUAGAGACACUUCAGCAGCAACUGUCCAGAGUAGAAGCUCAGCUCUUCCAUCUCAAGAGUGAGCCAAGCACUAGAGGUCCAGCUGUUUCAAAUCCAGCAACAAAGAACUUACGAGAACGGCGAAACACUGACCUUCCCGUUCUUGAUGUGCACACGGUAGCUAGGGAAGAGGGAGAAGGUAUGGAAACAACAGACACAGAGUCUGUCUCUUCAGCCAGUGCCCAUGUACCAUCUUUGGAACAACUUCUGAACUCCCCAGAAGCAAAAUUUGAACCAUCUCAGGGGCAAACAGAACUCAGCAAGGAUGAACUAAUUCAGAAACUAAAUACAACAGCAAAAAGUGCUGAUCACUUGAAUGAAUUACUUCGUGAAUCAGAAGCAACCAAUGCAAUCCUAAUGGAACAAAUAAAGCUUCUUAAGAACGAAAUAAGAAGAUUGGAAAGAAAUCAAGAGAGAGAGAAGUCUGUGGCUAAUCUAGAAUACCUGAAGAAUGUUCUAUUGCAGUUCAUAUUUCUAAAAUCCGGAAGUGAGAAAGAAAGGCUUCUCCCAGUAAUAGACACCAUGUUGCAGCUCAGCCCUGAAGAGAAGGGGAAGCUAGUUGCAAUUGCCCAAGGUGAGGAAGAGAGUACCUCACGGCCCUCUGGGUGGGCUUCAUACCUUCACAGCUGGUCAGGACUUCGAUGAGACAGUGGAAACGCUGAAUCUUUAAACACAUUCCACAGCUGGAAAAAAAAAAAGUAGAAGAACAAUCUGAUGGUGUUGUACCAUUGAACUAGAGGUUUUUAUUUCUGUGUGUUAUUUUCAGCUUUUUAGGCUCUUCUAAGAAAGAAGCCGUAGUAGCUCCAAAAGACUGUCCUGUGUUAAUGCUUUGAGAGCAGUGAACUUACUCCUCUUGUACAUGAUAAAGCUGAUGAUCAGAAGUAUAAUAUGAAUUGACAAAUUAAUUGCAAAUUGUUUGGAAGCAGAAUUUGAUGAACCUGUGACAGAUCUUUUGUUUAUUUAUAUGAAAACUUGAUCUGGUAUAGUAACUGGAAUAACUACACUUUAUAGACGUCAAGCAUUUUGAAAAGUUUACAGUUUCUUUCACAUAUUUUUGUCAGCUUACUAAUUUAUAUAGUUAGUGCUGUUCUCUGCACAUUGAAGAAAUCAAAAUUGAAUUAUUUCCUCUCUGGUGAUGCUUACAAAAUAUAAGAUCAUUAAGAGACAGAAAUGGCAUUUUCUUCUUUGAUUUGACUGAAUUUUUCAUCUUUUGUUUCCAAAAGCUGGAUUGAAAAUAUGAAGGCAGUGGUCCACAAAAUGUAGAGGGGGGCCUAAAACUAUAUGAAGUAUAAUGCUUGGUACAUCUGGGGCAUGAUACUGUAGUAGAGAUUAAUGGCAUCUUUGGAAGUCAAGGGAUAGUACUCCAAGAAUAGGAGGUCCUACAUCAGCUGUAGCUUUGGGAGAAAGGGCUUGAGCUAUGGUGUUUUACCCUGAGGUUGGGAGUUUGUGUUCAAGACUAGGAAGAAAUGUUUCAAGUACUGUCGUGAUGCCUAUACUUUGAUGAAAAGACUACUUAUACUGACUUAAUUAUAUGGAAGACACCAAAGAAUCUGAGUCCAUAGGUCAGACUCCUGACAAUAACUUCUGAGGGAAAACGACAGAACUUUUGUCAGUAGAUACAUCUUUUAAAUGUUCUAAUGAAUGAAGAUGUUCUAUCCUUUUCUCACUUCCUUGCAUUUGCACAUAUCAUUUGCACAGAUCUCUGUUCCAGGUUAUUGAAUGUUUGGGGCUUUUUCCAAGAAAAAUACAUCUCUGCCAGAGAAUUACUUUUUCCGUUAUCAACACAACACCUUUUUUUCGCUUCAAGUCUUCUUUUGCCCCUUUCUAGCCUGUGUUGGCCUUGACCAUCUUAAUUUAUUUCUAAGUUAUUAAAAUAUGUAAGUUUUUAAACCUUGGUUACCUUCCAACAAGAGUCCUUCUAUCUUUUUCAUUCUUAUUUUCUUCCUCUCUGUGCUGUUUUACAGUGAAUCAUUCCCUGGUAUACAUGCCAAUAUGAAACAGUACUCUUUCUUGGCUAUCUUAGUUGAGCCCCUGAGGAAAUGAUGCUGAUUGUUUUAAUAUUACCUUAUUCAGGACUGAGAUUAAUCUGGACAUAAGAACAGCAGAAAGGCAGCACAGAUUGAGAAUAAACUGUUCAGUAACUGUGCUUUUGUUUUUCUUGCUGCUUGUAUAUAUAUCUCAGUACACAAUUAACAAAGCCAGCAGGCUUUACUUAGAUAUUUUAAUUCCUUUCCAGAACCUUAAGCACUUUUUCCCCCCCCCUCCAAAAUGUGAUCUAACUGGAAUAUUUAUGGUUUGUGCUACCAGGGAAAACACUCUCUGUGGAUCACAGAACCGAUAAAUGGUAGUGUGGGGAUGAGUCUUUUAGGCAUCUGUACUUUGGAAACGUAGAAAGCUAACAUGAAGCUACGUUUAGGUUUUCUUGCAUUUGCUUUGAAACGAUUACCAUAUCUUCAGCAUUCACAAUUUGCUCCCGGUCUCGGAUGUUGAAUUCUAUCUCUGUAUUCACAGCUGGAUUUGCUUAGUGUCGCUCAAAAGAAUGCCAAAACAGAAACAGAAGAGAUUUCAAAUAUGCAUAAAAAUAAGGGCAAGUCAUUCUCCUGCUGUGAUUUUUAACAAUGGAAGCACAUGAGUGGAAGGGUACGACUUUGUCUUAGUUCAAACUUGGUUUGCAGCUGACCUGAUUUAGUUUCUUCUGCAUGAUGUCUGCUCCGCUGUCUCUGAAGGUUCCUUUUAAAAUGCACAUAUUUCAGAACUGUCAAUUAUUUAACAUUGUAAGCUGUGAAUAAAUAUAUGCAAGUAACAUAUAUCACUGGCUGUAUUAAAUACCAGUUGCUUGCUGACUGACUUCAGGUUUGAGUUGCAUGUUCACCGUUUUUCGUAAAACUCAAGUGUUGUACUUAUGAAUGUAGUGGUCACCCCUUGCAUUACUAUAUAUAUAUAUAUUUUUACAAUGGAAGAUGAAGAUCUUAAUUAAUGUAAAGAUAUUUUAAUAACUGCUACUAAGCUGUGUUCUGUUGCUGAGAUUGCCAGGACUUACCUUUGUGGCAAUAAACUGUAAGCAAACAUAUAAAAGUUUAAUAUGCACUUGCAGUAAAUGCAUAGAAGAAUGUGGACUGGAAGCAGUAUUACUUUGCAUAGAAAACUUUUUAUAUGUCAUAUAUUUGCAUUUGUAAUGUACAGCAUUGUAGCUGUGAUUUGCUUUCAAAAAGCAAUUUAAAAUUGUAACUGGUAGUGCUGCUUCUUGAUAUCCUGUGGUACUCUUUUUUGGAAGAGCACAGUGCUGACUUUGCUUUCUGGUUCUUUUAUUUGAUUAUUUCUUUACAGUUGCAAAAAUUUUGUUAGGAUGUUUCCCAGAAAAUAUAACCCCUGCCCAAAGAGUUUACAAGCUUAGGACCAAAUUUUACUCUUCUGUCAGUCUUUCAGCUGAAGCCUAAGGAGGGCAUCAUUAAAAAAGAGGAAAAAAAAACAACCAAAAAACUCUCCAGUCACUAUUCAGGGUAUGUAUUAAUUAAAAGCAAAAAAAUUGGAGUAAUUUUAAGUUCGUAGGCCUGUGUGUGCACUGUACCUGCAUUUGUAACUACCUGUACUGGCCAUACUGGGAACAAGUCAUGUGCCACCCGUCUUCCCUUCGCCCUGAAGAGACCCAUCUGUACAAGCCAAAUGUGCUCCAUUUGAAAGAGAGAAAGGCCAGAGCUUGUCAGACUGUAGUGUAGGUAGGUGUGGCCAGUUGGAUCUGGAGAUCAGGAUAUGCAAAAGGAGCCUGUGUUAGAAGUCAUACAUGGGAGAGUAGAGUUGCUUUUUACUUUUGUGACCCCCCCCUUGCCGAAAGCAUAAUUGAGAGAAUACCUUGUUAGAUUAUUUUCUAAAUUUAAAUCUUCCUUUGGCUAUUGCCCUCCAUCCUUUAGAUUUGAUAAAAGACAAAAUAUCCCAGAAUUGUGGGGGAAUAUUUGAAAACUCCUUAGUUUGUACUAAGUGGCUUUAAAAGCAGCUUAAUCACCGGUGCUUCAUUUGGCAUAUGCCUUGGCUUCACCCAGUGCACCAGGACUUCCCUGCUAGUUCUACUAUUACUGGUACUGUGAAAAUAUCUGUUAGGAGCCUUGCAAAUAGCAGUUACUCCCCACAAGCUGAGAAACCAAAUGUAUGAAGAGGUAAAAAUGAUUUGUUAUAGUAAUUUCAGAAUUGUUAGUCUGAAUAGAGAAGUGUUAUGGUUGGAAAUACGUCUUUGGCCUUUUCCUGUGGCCAUCACUUCAAUAAAAUUUGCCUUUAUCCAGCA